UUUUAUUCUUUUGGGGUUGGGGCCGGGGGUGUGUGUUUUGGCCAUGUGCUGAUGGGGUGAGUGAGUGCCAACUGCCAAGAUCUGGUUGUUGUGGCGGAUGAGACCACCCUUGUUACUUAUUCAGCAGCUACGUGUUGUUGUUUAAUAACUCUGCAACUUUCAAAUGGCAUUACACAGAAACCCUAAGCUCAGAACCAAGUCCAGAUCAUCCUCUGUUAUCUUGCUUCUCGCCUCCAUAGCUGCCAUUGCGCUUCUCUUCCUCUUUGCGUCGCUAAUUUCCACCAAUGGCUUCUCCAUAUCAUUUACGAAGACCACCUCUGAAAACUAUCCCAAUUUCAACUCUCGCUACGAGAACAGCCUCACCGGCCACGAGAAGUACUUGUAUUGGGGUAGCAGAAUCGAUUGCCCUGGAAAACACUGCGAUUCCUGUGAGGGUUUGGGCCACCAGGAGUCCAGCCUCAGGUGCGCCCUUGAAGAGGCCAUGUUUCUUCAGAGAACUUUUGUAAUGCCUUCCAGAAUGUGUAUUAAUCCCAUACACAAUAAGAAAGGGAUACUUCAUCACUCUGAUAAUGCAAGUUCAGAGGAAAGGUGGGCACCAAGCUCUUGUUCUUUGGAUUCUUUGUAUGAUAUCGACCUCAUAUCUGACACUAUACCAGUAAUUUUAGACAAUUCAAAGCUGUGGUAUCGAGUCCUAUUAACAAGUAUGAAGUUGGGAGCUAGAGGAGUUGCUCAUGUAGAAGGAGUUACUCGAUAUGAUCUCAAAGAGAACAGUAAAUAUGCAAACCUUCUACUCAUCAACAGAACUGCAAGCCCUCUUUCAUGGUUUAUGGAGUGCAAGGAUCGAAACAAUCGUAGUGCCAUAGCAUUGCCGUAUUCGUUCCUCCCCUCUAUGGCAGCAAAGAAACUGAGGGAUACAGCAGACAAGCAGAUUAAGGCACUUCUUGGUGAUUAUGAUGCAAUCCAUGUUCGUCGAGGUGAUAAGAUAAAGACUAGGAAAGACAGAUUUGGGGUUGAAAGAAGCCUGCAUCCUCAUCUGGACAGGGAUACAAGGGCAGAAUUUAUUCUUCGAAGGAUUGAAAAAUGGGUCCCACCUGGACGAACCAUUUUUAUUGCGUCAAACGAGAGGACUCCAGGAUUUUUUUCACCCCUCUCUGUCAGGUACAAAGUGGCAUAUUCAUCAAACUAUAGUAGGAUCCUGGAUCCUGUGAUUGAGAACAAUUACGAGCUGUUCAUGGUCGAGAGGCUUAUCAUGAUGGGUGCCAAAACAUUCAUUAAAACAUUCAAGGAAGCUGAUACAGAUGUGAGUCUAACAGAUGAUCCAAAAAAGAACACCAAGGUAUGGAAACAACCAGUCUAUACCUUGGAUGAAGAGGAAGGGUGAUAUUACUUACAUAAAAAAGUUUUCCAAAUUUUCUACGACUGCGCUGAAUUCAGUACAGUUCCUUUGGAAGCCCACAUAAUGCAAGAGAUUGAGAUCCUUACGCGGCAGGAAAGAAAGCUUGCGUUUUGGGUAGUCGAUAUUUUGAGGAAAGAGAGGCUGAAUACUUUUUGUGAAUGCUGUACAUUGUGGUGUAGAUUAUAUAACAGGGGGUUGAGAGCGGAUCACUUUGUCAUAUUUAUCUAAAAGAUAGAUGAGUUCGUUAUCGUAUUUGUUAUUAUUAUUAUUAUUACUAUUAUUUUCUUGAUCAAUCUGUAUUGGGAGUCUUGAUUAUAGAAAGGCGGUAAAAUUCUUUUAAAUUUGUGGAUU